UUGUAAACUAUACUAUAUAACUGCGGGAAGACAAAUGGCCGUGGAGGCACCAGAAGACGAUUAUUUUGAUGGAGAUUUUGAGUUCGAUGCCCCACAAUGGAUGGACUUUGAAGGCGAGAAAGACCAAUUGGAAAAUGACACAAAUGAGUGAGAUUUUUGUUUGUACUGUAGAAAUAGUAAUAAACAGUGUGGUAUUUGUAUAAUAUAAGGUCUCUUGGUUAGCUAUUUACCACUAACUACAGCACAGCCUGUUAUUAUUGUUUCUGACUUUCUGCAAAAUAUUAACACAUAGGUUCGAUUCCCAGUUGGGAAAUUUCUUACUUUUUUGUCACCUUUUUUUUCUUCUCGUUUUAAUAGGCGUUUGGCUUUAUAUAAAUUAGUAACGAUUUGGGAAUAAUAUUUUGUUAUGACACAUUUUAUUAAUGGUUUUAUUUAGGUUUUUUUUUUAGUAUAGUGCACGGUUCAAAACAAACAGUAUUGUAUUCUAUCAUUUUAUUUAUUUCGUUAGCGAUCAAUAUGACUGGUGGUUUCAGAAAAUACAUCCAUUGCACUCACCCAACCUGAACACGCCUGAACCCAAACCAAAGAAGCGCCCACUGCGGAAAUCUGUCUUGGGCAUCGAGGGCUCCAAACUAUCAACCGAAACUGGUAAAUCUAGCUUGACAAGUAAAUCCAGCCUACCUGGUAAUAAAUCCAGUCUUGCCAGUAAGUCUAGUCUUACCAGUAAAUCCAGUCUAACUGGUAAAUCCAGUUUAUCUAAUCCAAAACGAGAAUCGGAAAGCAGGACAAGUAAAGGAAACAGUAUUGAUGAGACAAACAUGUCAAGUUCUAAUCAAGGAGAUGAAGUCGUCAAAAAACCUCGGAAGUGUUGGCAGUUGAAUGGACACAGUUCGUUAAGCUUUUCGCCACAAUGUUUGUCUAGUUUACCUAAAGGUAAGUAAUAGGGUGACAAAUAGGAUGCUUCCACUUUGACUUGGCAGGUUUUCUAUUCUUGGGUUUCAUAUGACGUCACAAAAGUGACGGGGUGGGGGUGGGGGGUCAACUCUAAAACAAAACACAGUUAUCAGAGUGAGUCGAUUGCUCAUUUUAUGUAUUAGCCUUGUGUUUGGUGACAAAUACACAGAAUUUCGUAUCAUUUUCUCAACUCCAGUACAGCAUAAGCAUCAAUACAUUUGAGGUUGACCCCUGUCAGAUUAACUGCAUAAUGCCGUAGUGAGACCCAAGAAUAGUUUCUUCCUGUAGUAACACUGGAUCAAUAAUGAGCAGUUCUUACUUUUACCCCUACUGUACCCCUAGAGGGAACAGUUCAGAACUGAUAAAAGUAGAUCUAUCUAGGAAUAAUCUAAGGCAAUUUAAUGCUUUCUUAACAUCAUUAGACUUACAGCCAAAGCGAGUCAGUUCUAACAGUUCAUCAAACAAGACGUCACUACCAGCAAGAGUCAGUACUGAGGUUGCCACCUCGCCUCUUGCACCUGGUACACUGUCUAGGAAACUUGGAGUCAAAAAUAAGAAUUUAAAAACUGCAAGAAGAUCCUGUCCUCAAAACUUACAGAAAUCAAAACAAGCAUGGGUAAGAUAUUAUCGACGGAUAUUUUCAAUAUUGUUAAAUUGGGCAAAGUACAAGGGAACAUUAAAAUUUUUUAGAAUGAAAGUUCAACCUGUGGUUCAACAAAAAGCAAGAAUGUUGUUGUUGAUGAGGAGCUUCAAAAGAUAAUUGAAAAACACAACAGCAAAUUCCUUAGUCAACAAUCAGAAUAUGAUUUAAAUGGAAGACGAAUAAGAAAAACUGCAUCACCUGUAAAACAUGCCAAGGUGUGUACGCAUCACGUAUCUAUUUUUUUCAUUUGAUCCCAGAGCAUGCCCGUUCGCAGGUUAGGGGUGGGCAGGGCAACCAUAACCUGAAAAAAGGCAUGCUCUGGGUGUGAGAUUGUUCCAGAGCUGCUGAAAGGCUGUGCAGGACAGAGUACCCCCUGCCUACCCCCUCUCGGCAGCCCUGAAGUACUGUCAAUGGAUAAUCUUAUCUGGGACAAUGGACCAUUUGCAUUAUAGACUAAAUUUUGAUCUAGAAAAAAAUUUCAUCACAGCUUGAAAGAGCAUCACAAAAUUAGUAAUAUUCCAAAGUUUCGUUGCGAAAUGUUGUAAAAUGCGGAUAAUAUAUCCUUGCGAAGUUUGCAAUUUUCAGUCAUUUUGUAUUAUUACAAAUGGGAAAUUGAUGCCCCAAUACCCGAUUGGGCUGUCAAUUUCCCGUGCGUAAUACAAAAUGACUGAAAAACGGCAAACUUCGCAGGGCUAUAUUAUAUUAUCCGCACUUUUAUACAACAUUUCGCAACGAAACUUUGGAAUAUUAUUAAUUUUGUGAUGCUCUUUCAAGCUGUGAUGAAAUUUUUGUCUAGAUCAAAAUUUAGUCUAUAAUGCAAAUGGUCCAUUUGUUGUUUUGUGUUUGUAGAAGGAGAACGUGAAACCAGCAGCUGCAACGACAGUCAACCAAGAAGACAUGGACGAGGAGUUACGUGAAAUGAUUACUAACCACAACAGACGUAUCUGGACAGCUCAAAAUUCAGAAUACGAUUUGGAUGGAAGACGUCUUCGCAAAGGAAACGCCACUGUGGUUGCACCAACAGCAAAGGUACACAAGAGAGUGUUAAGGCUCAGUAUUUAACAUUGCGUCAAAUGCGCUUGCAAAAAUUCAUAAAGUGCCUGCGAGCGAUGCUCGUGCGCUUUUAUACAGAACGUUAAAACUACACGCGUAAAAACACACAAGUUGUUACAGGUCUGCAAGCAAGUUGUUACAAUCUGUUCACAAGCUGUCAACAAGUUGUGCUCGCACUGCUUGUUCCCAGCUGUUGUAACAAGCUUGAUGGCAUUAUCAGAAUUGUUACAAGGUUGUUCUAACAAGUCUGAUACAGUCAUGAUAUAACAAGAAUGUUACAAGGUUAACGACACAAGGUGUAACAAUAUUGUUAUAUCAUGACUGUAUCGGACUUGUUGGAACAACUUUGCAACAAGUCUGAUAAUAUCAACAAGGUUGUUACAAGUUGUUAACAGCUUGUUCCUAACUUCAGUUGACAACUUGGGACAAGCAGUGCGAACACAACUUGUUGACGGCUUGUUGGCAGACUUGCUACAAGAUGUGAGAUUCUACCCUGCGCGUUCAACUAACGACUUAAAGCAGAUUCCACAAAGACGCAAGCAAACUAAAUAUUUUUCCUCUUUAUUUCAGACAAAACCCGAGGCACAAAGAACGCCAACGAAAUCAAAAAAUCUUCGAAGAUCCAACGAAACAAACCAAAAAAGAAAAAAUCCAUCCAAAAAUUCCGAAGUUAAUUCAAAGUUACAUGAAACUGGAUGUAAUACCGUCGAGAGCUCGACUGAUUUUGAAAAUGAAAUUCAAGAAAUAAUUAGUCUUCAUAAUUCAAGGCUCGCAGCCAAGAAAGCAAAAAAGUAGAAACUAGAGACAUAUGAAUAGUGUAUAGUAUUAUAAUAUAGAUUGUACUGUAGUCUGCUCUGUGGUAUUAAUAUGAAACUUCUAAAUUUUAAUGUAAUGCAUCGAGCUUAAAUACAUUGGGAGUUUUUAUGUUGAGUUUAGCCUCGUGUUUAUAUGAACAACUUUGUACACGUGUUAUGAUCAUGCCAGAGAGCUCGCGAUGAAAUUACGAGAUUAUUUCGAAAACAGUGGAAAGACAAUGGAACAUUCUGAUCUGAAUCAUGACUGGAUGGCAUGGAGAACAGGAAGAUUUUGAAAACAAUAAAAAGACAAUGAAACAUUCUGAUCACUGGAUGACAUGGAGAACAGAGGUAUUUCGAAAACAAUGAAAAGACAAUGGAACAUUCUGAUCACUGGAUCAUGACUGGAUGGCAUGGAGAACAGUGGGAUUUUGAAAACAAUGAAAAGACAAUGGAACAUUCUGAUCACUGGAUGGCAUGGAGAACAGUGGGAUUUUGAAAACAAUGAAAAGACAAUGGAACAUUCUAAUCACUGGAUGGCUUGGAGAACGGUAAGAUUUUCAAAACAAUGAAAAGACAAUGGAACAUUCUGAUCACUGGAUCAUGAUUGUUAUUAUUAAAGUGUCAUGAAAAGAAUCCAUAUGGCACAUUCGCACCAAUGCGUUAAUUACGCUUUAACAGUGUUUGAUUUAAUUUAUCUUUGAUAUAAAUAUACGUUGUUUUCCACUACUAUUCCGAAGUUAGUAAACAAUCACGAAGACAGUGUCUAUGGUGAUACGGUACCAGUACUUGGCCCAUAAACAUGACGUCAUAUCUUAGCAUUACGUCAUUGAUACUCAACGUUCUUGACUCGUAACACAACCGGAACUGACGUGCAAGGUAUCAUACCAAUUUCCGUUAUCACCAUGGAAACGAAAUCCGAAGGAGUGACGUCAUAUAUUAAAUUUAGGAGAUUGAGCGAGUCUAGUUGUCGCCAGUUAUGAAGUGUCUCUGAGCCCAUUGCAUGCUGGUCUGGUAUUAGGUCGUCUGGAUCACCUUGAGUAAGAUUACAUAAAGUACAGAACGUGAGAAUGAAUCGUG